UCCCCGCAGGAGGUGGCCAUGCCCGACGUGCUCUACGAGGAGGUGAUCGAGGUGGACGAGCGGCUGAUCCCCGAGCAGGAGGAUUGUCACCUGCCCGGCAGUGACAGCUGGCCCCGCGUGCAAGGUGUCUCGGGUGUCACCCUGCUGCUGCAGCGGCCCCUGGACGUGGCGCGGCUCCGCGGGGACCUGGAGCGGCUGCUGGCCCGGGGCAUCCGCAGCCUGGCCGUGCUGCUGCUGCACAGCUACGCGUGGCCGUGCCACGAGCAGCAGGUGGGGGCCCUGGCGCUGUCCCUGGGCUUCUCGCAG